GGGUGAUGGGGGGAGAAAAAAAAAGAGGAAGGAGCAUGGUUUCAUGUGACGCUCCUCCCGUUCUAGCGGAUCUGUGGUAGCGCGGAGGAGGAGGCUGCGUAGCUCGGCGCUCAACAAAGGCGCUCGAUACCUUGAACGACCGCCUGGUACGGUACCGAACCAAGCCCGAGGAGCACCGAGGAGACAUAAAUGGUGGAGGCCGUGGCGGAGUUUGAUUACGAGGCCCAGCGGGACGACGAGUUGAGCCUGAGCGUGGGCGACGUCAUCGUGAACAUACGGCGAGACGACGGAGGAUGGUGGGAGGGCGAGCUGGGGGGCCGGCGGGGCUUGUUCCCGGACAAUUUUGUGCGGGAGAUCAAGAAAGAGGGCAAGCGAGAUGGCGGUCAGGUCAAACCGGACCUGCCCAAUGGCCGAGCCAGCCCCAUGUCCGAGCCCGGCGCCAGACCAGCCAAGAAAGCCGAGCAGAUCCGCAAGCGGCGCUGCAAAGCGGCCUUCAGCUACGUGCCUCAGCACGAAGACGAGCUUGAGCUGAAAAUAGGCGACAUCAUCGAUAUCGUAGCCGAGGUGGAGGAGGGCUGGUGGGAGGGCAUCCUGAAUGGCAAAAGUGGCAUGUUCCCUUCCAAUUUCACCAAAGAGAUUCUGCUGGAGGCCGACGGACCCACCGCCGACACGCCCGCCUCGCAGGAGGAGACCCGCAGCGGCCGCAGCAGUAAGACCAGUCCGGGAAGCGAGAGCGAUGGAGGGGACAGUCGAUCUGAAACAGGCUUUGAGGAAAUCCAGCCCAAAAAGGUGAGAGGCUUCGGCUUCGGAGACAUCUUCAAAGACCAGCCCAUCAAGCUCCGCCCUCGCUCCAUGGACCUGGACGCUGAUGGCGACAAGGUUGCUGAGUGGAAGACGGCGAGCGCAGCAGCCCCCGACAACAUGAAGGGUGACCCCGACAGCAGAGGAAAAGGUCGAGAGCUGUGUAAAGUCCUCUUUCCUUACGAAGCGCAGAACGAAGAUGAGCUGACCAUCAAAGAGGGCGAGAUCGUUGCUAUCAUCACCAAGGAGUGCGCCGACACGGGCUGGUGGAUGGGCGAGGUGGGCGGCAGACAGGGGGUCUUUCCGGACAACUUUGUCAAGCUGCUGGAAGCCGACAAAGAGAGACCAAAGAAGCCGCCACCUCCCGGCGCACCGUCGUCCAAACACUCGGCGGCAGAGAAAAAGUCGGAUGGCAAGAAGGUUCCUCCGGAGCGGCCCGAGCACCUGCCGCACAGAGACCAGGAUCGAGGCGACGAGGUUGUCAAGCCCUCCCUCCCGACUGUCCUCCCCAAGAAACUUUUUCCUCCAAAGACGUCCACUUGCCAACAACCCCCGAGACGCCCCGAGAGACCUCCUGCUCUGGCGUCAGUACGCGCUCCCACAACAUCCUGCAUGCCCCCCACCCCUCUCAUCCCGUCCCACCCUAACCUUGGUGCCGUCUGCGCGGUCGGGGUGCUCAGGUGUGAAAGUCCCAAGUCUGAGGGUGGGGCCUGGACACCUGAAUCGGUCGCUGAUGGGUCCCAGAACGCCGACCUGGACUUGGAUGCAGUGGUCCCAGCAGCGGAGAAGCUCAGUCACCCGACGGCGUCGCGGCCAAGAGUCACGGACCGCCGGCCUCGCUCGCAGAUUAUCACAUCGUCCUCGCUGACCGGGAGCGACGCAGACCACCCGGCACCACCACCAGCCAAGGAAGACCCAGAACCGGUCCAGUCCAGACCUGCGGAAAUUUUUGCGAGGAAGGGAGCUCCCAUCAUUUCGGCGCUCGAGAGUAAACCUCAGCCGGCCGCCAAAUCGUCCUCGUCUCUGAGCCCAGCCGCCGGCAACGGCCGUCAUCCAGCCUCGCCGUCGUCCCCUUCCGGCGGUGCCAGCCCCUCUCCCGAGCUGCGGCUGGAGGAGCUGAGGAAGCAGCUGCGAGAGUUGCGCAGCUCCGUGGAGCUGCUCAAGAGUCAGCACAGGCAGGAGAUGAAGCAGCUGGCCGGCACGCUGGACGAGGAGAAGAAGAUUCGUCUCGGUUUACAGAUGGAAGUGGAGCACAUAAAGAAGAUCCUGUCCAAAUGAGCCCGUGCCAAAACUACAUUUGUGCCAAAUGAUCAUGACGAUCGUCAUCGGCAGCGAACAUGGUGGACUCAUAAACAAUGUGACCCCGCCUCCCCCACCUAACAAGCACCCCACCAUGACGUCGCCGCCUUACCUUGUGUUUACUUCUGUUGAUUUUCUAAGCAGCCUUUCUCUCUCUCCGCUGUCUACUCUCCUGGCUCCUGCCAGUCUCGCCGGUACAGGCGGGUGACCGCCGCGUUGCCGUGGCAACGCAUCAGUCAGCGGUGCUCGCGUAAAACAGGUGGCAAAGGCCCAUGGCAACCCCCGCAGGCCGGUCGGUUAGGCCCGCCCGCCGCCGCAACGUGACCUCCCCGCCACAAAACUCCGCUGCGUGUACGUUUGCGUGAACGUCUGUGUGAGAUAUUUUUGCGAGCGGCCCAUUUGAGCUCCAACUUGAUGAUUGACGUUUGUGUCCUUAUUCAGCAUUGAUAUGUUGCUAACCUUGCAUUAUCAUAUCUCCUAUUGCCUAUUAUACGAGACACACAAAAACACGGAGAUAUUUUGUAAAUUAUUUUAGUUCAUUUAGAAAUCCACAAUAUCCCCAGAUUUUUGUGACUGGUGUAUUCUUCUCACCAAUCGACCUGGUGCAAAAUUGGACUGAGCAUUUCGAGAUAUUAUUAGUCUUGAACUACGUGGCUUGACAAGUCCAGCCCAAGUCUGUCCUUGACCCGGUGGUUAGCUUAUCACUAACGACACAAAGCACACCGUACAUUCCACAUUCAAAGAUCAUUGCAACGGGGGCGCCCCCUGCAGGCACAUCAAUGACAGUACAAGCCAGCUUUUAGGUUGAGUUUAACCUUCACACAAAUUAUUUUAGCUUUAUAUGAAAAUUGCCUCCCGAUGAGUGCGUUAAUGCAUGAGCACAUCUGUGUCUAUGGUGACGAUAUUGUCUAGUUUGCCUUUGUACAACAUCAAAAUAAUGUUGAUUUGAAAAUAUUGUGCACUUUUUUGACCUCACCAGCCUCAAAUUGGCACUGGUGUUUUGUUAGUCACGUUAGCGACAGGGUUGAGGGAAUGUAGGUUAGCUGUGAAGGUGCGAGUGUGUGCGUGUGGACUAACAUGCACGGCCGAUUGAUUUCCUCCUCGUACGACAUUUGUGCACAGAAUCUAUGGCAACACAUCACUGUGGCCUUCCUCUUCCACUCUCGUUUUGAUCUUUUUUCUUUGUCACUCAAACUACAAGAAAACAAAAACAACCAUGGCUGCAAAUUGUUUUCUUGACUUGUUCUUCUCUUUCUCCAAGAUAGUGAUAUAAAUAUAUAUAUAUAUAUACUUUUGUAUUUCCGUGGAAUAAAGAAGCUAUUAUAUAGUG